AACGAUAAAUCCAUCCCUCUUUUGCUCUUCUUCUUGUCUUCAUCAACCCUACUACCUCUCCGUUUUCUAUAAAUCUGCCCACCCUCUUCCAUCCACACUCCCCUUUUUCUCUGUUUCUCAGCCCCUUUAAGUUGGAGAUAGAAAUACAAAACAAAAAGAAAGAUUCUAAGUACAAGAGAGCAAGAGUGAGUAAAACUAGAAGAAUAGAGGUUGGGUAGUGGUGCUACAUGUGCUUUGGAAUCAAAAUGCUACUUUACAAGUAUCUAUAAUCAAUUCCCUCCAGAGGUCACAUUAUAUAAAAACAUAUUCACUCUUUUCCUCCUUAGAUCUCUCCCUCACUUUCUUCUCAUUUCCACGGUUUGUUGAGAUAAUUGGGUGCUGUGUCUUAGUUUCUGAUCUGUGAUUCACAUAGGAAAUGGGCGAAGAGACAAAAAAGGAAGAAGGCAAGGCAGAGGAGAAGACAGAGGAGAAGAAAGAAGAAGAAAAGAGUGAAGAGAAGAAAAGUGAGAAUGUGGAAGAAAAGAAAGAGGAGACUAAGCCACCAUCACCAGUAAUUUUGUUUGUAGAUUUGCAUUGUGUAGGAUGUGCAAAGAAGGUAGAAAGGUCCAUAAUGAAAUUCAGAGGAGUUGAAGAGGUUGUCAUGGAUAUGGCACAGAACCAAGUAACAAUAAAGGGGAUAGUAGAGCCCCAAGCUGUGUGCACCAGAAUACAGAAAAAGACUAAGAGAAGAGCCAAGAUCCUGUCCCCGUUACCUGCAGCUGAGGGAGAACCUGUGCCAGAAGUCGUUACUUCUCAAUCCCAGGUUAGUGGAUUGACGACGGUAGAACUGAAUGUGAACAUGCAUUGCGAGGCCUGUGCUGAGCAGCUGAAGAGAAAGAUACUCAAAAUGAGAGGGGUGCAAACAGCGGAGACAGAGCUGAGCACAGGAAAGGUGACAGUAACCGGAACCAUGGAUGCUGAUCGCCUCGUCGACUAUGUAUACAAAAGGACCAAAAAGCAGGCUCGAAUCGUACCACAACCGGAACCACCUGUCAGCGAAAAGAAAGAAGAGGGGGAAAAGCCGGUAGAAGAAGUAGCGGCAAAGGCCGAUGAGGAAAAGGCAGAGAGCGGCAACGGGGAGAAAAAUGAGAACAACGGCAAGGAAGGAAAGGAGGAGGGUGGGGGUGGCGGUGAAAACAAGGAAGAGGGAAAGGAGGGAGGAGGAGGAGAGGAGAACAAUAACAACGAGGAAAUAAUGAAGAGAAUGAUGUACUAUUAUCCUCAACUAUACGUCAUCGAGCGGGUCCCACCCCCCCAACUCUUCAGUGAUGAGAAUCCAAACGCCUGUUGUAUCACAUGAUGAGAAUGUAAUUAAUGUCUGUGUGUGUACAUUUAUAUAUAAUCUACAAAUUUUACAUAUAACAUAAUAAGAGGGCAUAAGAGAAUGGAAAUGCAUGGGAAUUUGUUUAAUAUAUAAUAAGAGAAUGUAAUGUUGUGUAUGUACUCCGUCCUACUUUCCUAGUCCAUAGUAGGAGUUUAAUGAAAGGCCAAAAGCCAUGGACAAUGGGGAUUUUGGGGACUUAAUUGGUGCCUGUUUGGAAGGGUUUUCACACACUGGUGAAGUUAUGUUUGGUGAAAAACCUAAAAAAGAAA